AUGACGUCAUGCUCGAGCGCCCCGCCCAGUUGGCAGCCGACCUACGCCAAGGUCAUCAUCGUGCUGAUGUACGUGCUCCAGAUCAUGGUCGCCGUGGGCGGCAACCUGCUCUUCUCCUACGUCAUCGUCAUGCGCCCCAAGAUGCGAUCCGUCACCAACCUGUUCCUGCUGAACCUGGCCGUCAGUGACGUCAUCAAGGCCGUGAUUUGCGUGCCGUACACCUUCAUGGCGAACCUGAUCCUUCUUCACUGGCCGUACGGGGACUUCUCAUGCCCGUUUGUGACAUACGUUCAGGUUGUGGCCGUGUUCCUGAGCGCCUUCACGCUGGUGGCCAUGAGCGUGGAUCGCUACGUGGCCAUCUUGAACCCCAUGCGGCCCAAACUCUCCAAGCGUGCCUUCAGCGUCAUCAUCACCGUCAUCUGGAUCCUCUCCUUCACCGUCCCCCUCCCCACCGCCAUCACCUCCCGGGUCAACCUGACCUCGUCUGACUGCACGGCGCUCUGUCUGGAGCUGUUUGAGGACGAUAACGACAGGUACAUCUACAGUGUGGUCAUCAUGAUGCUCCAGUACUUCGUCCCUCUAGCGGUCAUCACAGUGACCAACACCCACAUAGGCUACAUUGUCUGGAUUAAGAAGACACCGGGAGAGGCAGAGGAGGACAGAGAUCGUAGGAUGGCGGCCUCUAAACGGAGGCUCGUAAAGAUGAUCAUCAUCGUCGUGGUCAUCUACGCCGUCUGCUGGCUCCCCCUCCACGUCAUCACGCUGGUGGGCGACCACAACCCCGUCAUCUACAACGCCCCCUACAUGAACGUCGUCUGGCUGUGCGCCCAUUGGCUGGCCAUGUCCCACUCCUGCUAUAAUCCCAUCGUCUACUUCUCCCUCAACGCCACCUUCCGCCGCAACCUCAAGCGCAUGACGACAAUUUGUCGCCUCAACCAAAAACGUCUUCGCCAACAUUUAUCCAUGAGAACCGGCAAAAGCGAUAUCUGGGACAGGGAAACUGAAAUCUACGGAAGUGCUGACUCCAUCCGGUCAAAGUUCAGCGCCGGGAGUCUGCAUUCUUCCAGUAACAGAGUCGUGAUGCACGUCGACUCGUUCGAAGAAUGGAAGUCUCUGAACAAGGCCAAGAAAGUCAAAGGAGUCACAAAUGAUAUGUAUUUGUGAGCGGAGCGACACAUAAAG